UAAAGGUAGCAGGAGGCGCAUCAAGGAGCCACCAGGACUGUGCAGAGCUUUACUCUGACAUGGCUACUGUUAGCUCCACCGCAGAUAUAGGAGAGUCGGUGAGGAAAGGGUCAUUGUGUGAGACCUCCAUGGGUGUCAGCCUUGGCAGGCGGAGCAGGGCCUACCCUUCCCCAGCCAGGAGACGACACCGCACCACCUUCAGCCACAAGCAGCUGGAACAGCUGGAAGUGGCCUUUGGACAAAACCAGUAUCCUGACAUCUACUGCAGAGAAGAGCUGGCUCGUGUCACCAAGCUCAACGAAGCUCGCAUACAGGUUUGGUUCCAGAACAGAAGAGCCAAACAGCGGAAGCAAGAGCGGGCUUCACACAAAGUUCUCCAAGUGGGUGUGUUGCCGGGCCACAGGGCGCUGCUGGGAGGCAUGCAUGUCCAGCCGCCCAGCAUGGCUCGACAGUACUACACCCAACCUCUGGCUCACAUCCCCCGCCUCCCCCCAAUGUUGCCCUCUGGGGCAUACUCCCACCACCCAGGCCCGGCGGCCCAGUGCCCCUGCCCCAGCAUCCCACCCCAACCAGCCGCCCAGCGGCAGCAUGAGGACUGGUACAGCCCGCUGAGGAGCAACAUCACCUCGCCCAUGUUCUCACUGGCCUCCAUGCAGCCUCUGGAGCCGGCCUCGCACUGGAGCUGAGAAGUUACAGAGGCCAAUUUAA